CAACCACCAGCUGCUGCUGCUGCUAGUAGUAGCAGCAGCGCAGCGAGGAGCGUCGUCCGUUAUAAGCUGAGACACCCGGUACAAAAUUCGUAAAUGAGGCAGUAAACAUUUUUUGUAAAUCAGUGAGUAAAAUUCGUGAGGAGGACGAACAGGUUAUAUUUUCUCACGUGGCUAUAUUGAUAAAUCAAGUUGGCUGCGACGAUUGACAUGGGAUGAGAAAUUAAUUAACAAAAAAUGCCUAAGAAAAAAAAAAAGGGACCUGAUAAAGAGAAGAAAGCUAAAAAAAAAUCGAUCCUCAACGAACGAGAGACUGUUUCCUAUGAGCAACAAAUUUCUGAUAAUAACAAACAAUUAACAAGAUUACGCUUACGAAAUGAACAUCUUGAAGCGCAGGUUGAUACGUUGAAGAACAAACUUAAAGAGCUCGAAGAGGAUCGCUCCGAUGUUGUUGCACAUUUGAGACGUAUUUUGCAACAAAGGACCGAAGAAGCCCACGAACUUAAUGAUCGAUUAUUAGCCAUGGAAGAGCUUCGUAAGGAUGAACAAGUUGCUUUCAAGAAAAAAGAGGACGCAAUGCAGCUUGAAUAUAAUACUAUGGAAACUAAUUUAAGUGCUGAAGUCAAAUUAGCUGCGGGAAAACUGAGUUCAUUGGAAGAUUGGAGACUAGCUCGUACCGAUUUGAUGAGGAAAUUUGAAAUUCAGGAGGAACAAAUGGCUGAGCAGGAGAAGAGGCACAAAGAAACUUUGUACAAAGCUGAAAAAUCUCUGGUUAUCGGAAAAGCAAAGAUGCAGAAAGAGAUGGAGGAACGUUUGAACGCGCUUGCACAAAAUUUUCGUCAGGCUACGAAUCUUCGGAUAGCGGACGCAACUCAUCGGGCAGUUAGAGAGAAUAUAACUUUAAAUUUGGAGCUGGAUGCAAUGUACAAAGUAUGUGAAGAAUUGGACGUUAAAAUGAAGGAGCACAGUGAGAAAGAGCGCAACCUGCGUAUACAUUCAUCACUCUUUCAAUCCGAAGCUCGAAUCGCUAUGAACAAACUUCUGGUGCAAAAUCGUUUGAUCGAUCAUUUGGCUGAGGAUCAUUACAGCAUGAGUUUGUUACAUGGAAAAAUCUGUCGUGAGAAAGCGCACAAAGCUACUAAAGACCAAAUCGUUCGAACUCUGUUUGACAAAUCUGUGGAUACGCAGUUAAGAGGACGCGUUUUGGAGCAAAACAUUGAAAUAGUUAAGAAAAAGACGGAAGAUAUGCUUAAAGAGUGGAAGGAAAAUCGUUGGCGGGUCAAAAAACUCGCCGAACUAUUGGACACUGCUAAAUGUUACGUCGACGGAAUUGAUCAACAUCUCGAUAUUGUUGGCGAAGAAGAUACUGUUGGCACAUCUUGCUGCAGCUACUUCGAGAAUGAACUUCACGUUUUGAUGAAGAUUUUGGAAAAGCAGAGAAUAAUCGAGGUUCCUUCGAUCGGAGAUUAUUCCAGUAUCGAAGCUGAGGACACGGAUGAAUUAUCUAACAUUUCGGAGGGCGAUGCAUUAUCAGCUAAAAUAAUGCAAAUAGGAAUGGAAUGCGAAGAUUCGAUGUGGAAAGGUGAAAGCGAAGAAUCGAGUGCUUUACGUAUACUAAAACAUCAAGAUGUACCAACAGAUUUGAAUAUUCCGCAAUGCCUAUUGUCCGAUUCACAUAGUUCGGACGUAACGUCACCGAAAGAAACAGAAACACCUCGGUCUAUCUUUUCGGGAGAUACGGCCUAAUUCGAUUAUCCUGAGGAUUCGUUAAUCUUUUUUAAUAAAAUCUUCAAACCAUUUUGAACCCA